AUGUCGAACCGUCUUGCACAAGUUUCUGGACACAUUACCAACUCAAAUGGGCGCGGGCUGCUCGCUGGAGAGGUUGCUAUCAUCACGGGUGCUGGACAGGGAAUUGGACGCUCAACAGCAAUCCUUUUCGCAAAAGAAGGAGCAAAGGUCGUCAUCAGCGAUAUCGACGCCAAACGCCUGGAGUCAGUAGAGGGUGAAAUCAAAGCUGCAGGUGGAGAGGUCCUCUCCGUCGCCGGAGACGUUGGCGCAGACGACUUCCCAAAAAAGAUCGUGGAUGCAACCGUUCAGAAAUGGGGGAAAAUCAACCAUAUCAUCAACAACGCCGGAUUCACGUUCGACAAGAUGUUGCACACGACCCCGGACGAGACGUUCGACAUCAUCAUGAAGAUUCACGUCCGCGCGCCGUUCCGACUUAUCCGCCAAGCCGCGCCCUACUUCCGUCUCAAGCCCGAGGCGCGUGAGAACAGGUCUAUCAUUAACGUAUCCUCGACGUCAGGUCUGCACGGGAACGUCGGCCAGGCAAAUUAUGCCGCUGCCAAAGCUGCGGUCAUCGGUCUAACGAAGACCAUUGCGAAAGAAUGGGGCCCCUUCGGUGUGCGCGCCAACACCAUCGCCUUUGGGCUGAUUCACACUCGGUUGACUGCACCCAAAGAGGCUGGAGUUACAAUUGAGAUUGAUGGAAAGAAGGUUGCACUGGGCGUCCCAGGCGCGCGCCCACCGGUUUCGGCUGCUGCUCCAUCAGAGGAGGCAUUCCCUCAGAUACCCCUUAGGCGCGGCGGAACUCCAGAAGACGCUGCUGGAUCAAUGCUUUUCCUCGCGUCUCCUUUGGCUUCUUACGUCUCAGGGCACACUUUGGAAGUUACUGGCGGUGUUGGAAUCUAA